GGAGCAACUCAGAAAGGAAAGAUGAGCUGAGGGAAGCUUCAGCCCAAAAAAGCUGAUCCCGGGCUCCGCAUUUGCAUAGCGCUCUGAGCCUCCCGGAGUCCAUGACCGUCAUCUGCCCCGCGGAGCACUGGUGCUCAGCCAGCUUCCUCACUAGGUUGCAAAUGCUGGACCCAGGAGCCAUCCUAGGUGGGGUUGCAUAUCACUUCGUAACUGCAGAGGGCUGAGGGGCCUCAAUAAAACUAGUCAAAUUGCCACAUUGACCAAGGCCCUGAAUCGCCAUAGUAAGCAUGGUCUUUGGAACCAACCAGAUUGGAUUUCCAUGACCUUGAGCCUGGCUCUUUCCACUGGAAACCUCUACUUUCUCAUUUGAAAACUGGCUUUCAGUGCUGCCCUACUCUUUCCAAGACUGUUUUGAGCCUUCCAUGACAGAGUGAGCAGCAGUUUUGAACUAGGGGAUGGCAACACCAGCAAGCUAGUGUCUCAGAAGCUCAGCAACCCCUCAGGACACUUGCAAGAAUAAGAUGAUCAACGGGGUGUGAAGAGCUUGCCUGCUUCCCCCUGCUCCUGGCUUCCACUAAGCUCUGGCAAGUUUCGGCCUUUGCCUCUGCUGAGACAAGCUGCUCACCUCGCUAGCUGCUGAAACCCCUUCCACACUGAGCUCCUCCCACCUCCUCCCACCUCACCAACAAAAGGAUGGUCCCUGCCUCCCGAGUCCUUUCUCCACAGCUUCUGCCCUCUACAUUGACCACAGUUUCCCAGCAUGCCAAGCACAGAGCUGGCACGGGGAAGGUCUGCUCAGAAGGGUUCUCGGCACCUCAAGGUGCAGGGCUGCCAAGCAACCUCUCCUUGGACUUCACUGGGCCGUGGAGGGACCAGGCCCAUCCUACUGGGACCAUGGUUGGGCUGAAUCCCCCAGAAGUGCCUCCCACAACGCUUGUGAAGUGCCUGGGGGCAGGCAGUGCGGCCUGUAUUGCUGAUCUCCUCACCUUUCCCCUGGACACAGCCAAGGUCCGCCUGCAGAUCCAGGGGGAGAGCCCCGCGGCGGCGCAGGGCGUGCGGUACCGCGGCGUGCUGGGCACCGUGCUGACCAUGGUGCGCACCGAGGGCCCGCGCAGCCUCUACAGCGGGCUGGUGGCCGGCCUGCAGCGCCAGAUGAGCUUCGCCUCCAUCCGCAUCGGCCUCUACGACUCCGUCAAGCAGUUCUACACCCCGGACGGGGCGGCCCACUCCAGCAUCACGGUUCGGGUCUUGGCGGGCUGCACCACUGGGGCCAUGGCGGUCACCUGUGCCCAACCCACCGACGUGGUGAAGGUCCGAUUUCAGGCCAGCAUCCGCCUGGGGCCCGGGAGCGACCGGAAAUACAGCGGCACGAUGGACGCCUACAGAACCAUCGCCAGGGAGGAAGGGAUCCGGGGCCUGUGGAAAGGGAUUUUGCCCAACAUCACAAGGAAUGCCAUUGUCAACUGUGCUGAGAUGGUGACCUAUGACAUUAUCAAAGAGAAGCUCCUGGAGUCUCACCUGCUCACCGACAACUUCCCCUGCCACUUUGUGUCAGCCUUUGGAGCCGGCUUCUGCGCCACGGUGGUGGCCUCCCCGGUGGAUGUGGUGAAGACCCGGUACAUGAACGCCCCCCCGGGCCGAUACCGUAACCCCCUGCACUGUAUGCUCAAAAUGGUGGCCAAGGAGGGUCUCACUGCCUUCUACAAGGGAUUCACGCCUUCCUUUUUGCGUUUGGGAGCCUGGAAUGUGAUGAUGUUUGUGACCUAUGAACAACUGAAACGGGCCUUCAUGAAAGUCCAGAUGUUGCGCGAGUCUCCAUUUUAAACAAGACAAGAGGGCCUUGUGUAAGGCUGAUGAAGGUAGAAUAAAACAAUGGACCCACGCCCAACAGACACAGGCUCACACAUGUUUACAGUACUCUACUUGUUGCUAACUCAAGGAAUAGAACUAGACAAGGAAGGUUUUCUGGUCUUCAGUGCUUUGUCCAAAACAAAAAAACAAAAAACACAGAACAAAAACUUUUGUUUUGCACUGAUAUAAUAGGAAAUAAAUUAUAUUAAUUUAUGAAACCUAUCAGGUUGAUGCCUAACAUUUAGGCAAGAGAAAAUCCAACACAUCCAUUUGGAUAAAAAAAAAUGUUUGCAGACUUGUAUCCCCUGAAAAAUGGGAUUAGACAAUGAAUUGUCAACAGGAAAGGCUUCACGGUGGGAAGAAGCGGUCCCCAGUACAGCUGGACUCCGCGAAGGGGCCUCACAGCACCCCACAGACACAACAUGUCGCGGAGGACUCGCGGGGACUCCAGCCUCCACAGUCCCACCGGAAUCAUCUGCCUGUUUGUAAGGAGUCUACAAAGUGGAACCAAUUGGAAUUCAAGGAAAUGUGAGAAAUGAGACUUCUCAAUAGUGCCAAAUAACCCUGCUGAACCAAGGUGAGGCUCAGGCCUAGCCGUACCUGUGUCCCGAGACCCCGGAGAAUCAUCACCAGGGCAGCCUACUCCCCUGAGCUGAAAACUGUCAGGGCUGUUACCCAUUUCCUGUCCAUGCGAAGCUGGGCAGGAAAGCACUCUAUAAAAGGGACUGCUUUGUACAAAUGUAAACAUGACGCUCGGGAGAGAUUUUUGUCUGGACAGAGAAGAAUUGCCAGGGUGGACGCUUUUGAAAUAUGCAGUUGUCCACACAGAUAAAUCUGGGCUGCCUGAUGGCGGCUUGGGAUGAGGAAGCCCCCGACUUCCUGCUCCCUGGCUCCAUGGUUGGUGCCGUGAAGCAUUGUGGGACUUGGGGACUUGAAGCAUGGAGGUACCGCUUGGCUGUGAGCUCUCAACAGCAGGAAUUAGAAUCUUAAAAAAAUUAUUAUUACUUAAUAAAGGAAUUCUCACCUAAGGUUGGGGAAAAAAAUAGUU